AUGGAGCAACUAAGUCCGAGCAGUUCAAGCUCCCCAAACCGCAGCCAAGUCCAGAAGCGACGCCCCAGAAAACCCUUGAACUGCGAUCCCUGCAGACACUCCAAGCUGAAAUGCGACCGGGGACUGCCGUGUGCGACGUGCCUCAAACGAGGCUGGCAAGAUUCUUGCGCCUAUGGAUCAAACUUUACGGGUCCGCAGAAGCGAAGGAGGACUAGGCUUGAGGUUGUUGACUCUGUGCCUCAGCAGCAAGUACAGGUUCAACCCGUGGAGGUAACAGAGAUAGUGUCAUCUCCGAGCUCGACGCCUGAGCCGAUACAACAGCGAUGGGAUCACAUUCUGCGUCGACCGUCUGUUGAGAGGAGUGUUAUACCAGACUCACCGAACCCGACGGUUACUCUGUCCUUUGGGCCUUGUGUUCCAAUCACCGAACUGCUUGCGCUUUUACCUCCAACUUCUGUGACUGAGUACUUGGUUUGCCGCUAUUUCGGAACACUCUCAUCACUGUUCCAUAUUCUCCACGGCCCGACAUUCCAGACUCAGUACUUGGACUUCCUUGAAGCCCCAGAGAAGACGAGUCUGUCAUGGCUGGCCGUUCUCUUCACUAUCAUCUCAUUGACACUCAAGACCAUUGAGCCAACAGACGCUGGGCUUGUUGUGUUAUGGCAGGACACCACCAUCCCUCGUGAUUUAUCGGUAUUGUCGCAAAAAUACCGAAAUGCGGCCAUGACGGCCCUAUCACAAGAUCAGUUCUUGGUUCGCCAUGAUCUCAGCACGCUCGAGGCUCUUCUCAUCCUGGUUCAUAUGAUAUCUCAUAAUGAAGGACCAGAGUAUGGCUGGGCGCUUCUCGGCAGUGCACUCAACAUCGCCAUUGCCCUGCGUUGCCAUACGGAUAUCGAAGGACCUAAUUGUAUUGAACAAGAGCGACGUCGACGUUGCUGGGCAGGCAUCCUGAUCAUCCAUACCUACCAAGCCCUCUGCUUUAGAGACAUCGACCUCACGUUCCUGUUGAACAUGAAAGCAACAAUGCCGGCAUGGGUCAACGACAAAGACAUUCAAGAACACAGUAUAAAACAAUCGCCCAAGGAUUCGCCAUGCGAGUUCACUGACACCUCACUCCUGAAGUUUCAGGUUCGACUAUUCCAACUGUCUACACAAAUCUGCUCUCAUAUCUCCGGUGAUGACAAACUCAACACAACGAUUUUACAUCAGUAUGACACAGCUGUAGCGAAAGAGCAAUUGCAAUGGGAUGCUGCAUAUCUCGUAAACGGUCGCCGGAGUAUUCUCAACACAGCAGGCUAUGCUCAUUGGUGCAUGCUCCAAACCUACGCGCAUCAACUCUACCUCCUUCUUCAUCGGCCUUUUCACAGCUCCAAAGCGAGUCAUUUCCGCGCUGAGUCAAGAGAUAAGUGUAUCAAGUCAGGUCUCGCAUUACUUGAUGUCCAUCACCAAUUUUACGAACUCCCGCGGCUGAAGUGUUAUCGCUGGCUCGUCAAGGGCGCGAUCAGUUGUAAUGCACUUCAUGGAGCUGUCGCGCUUACGUCAUGCAUGCUGGACAUGCCUGAUGACUCUGAUCUCACAGAGCACAUAUUUGCUAUCGACGCUGCUAUAACCCGAAUGGAAGCGCUUAAGAUGAAAAGUCCAGCUUGUUCAAGUGUCUAUCGCGUAAUUCGUUGUCUUCGUAGAUCUUAUCUUUCGAAGCGAGAUCCUGCGCCGACUUUCUUGCCAGAAGAUGUCGAGCUUAGAUUCGAGGACUGGGCUACCAAUGUCGACUGGUUUCGACCCGAUGGGAUUGACUGGGAACUCUGGGACUCGGCUUACAUCACCCCACAAACUGAUGAUGCUACGGCUAUGAUGACUUGA